CAAGCAAGAUUUCAACUUUGAAUUGUGUGCGUGAUAGUGGAGGCGAAUAUGGAUUCAGUUUCCAUACGGGAGGUGUGGGCAUAUAACCUGGAUGAAGAAUUUGAGCUGAUCAGAGAAGUGGUACAUCAAUACCCAUAUGUUGCCAUUGAUACAGAGUUCCCUGGGGUUGUGAUAAAGCCAAACGGGAGAUUCAGUAGCAGAGCAGAGUACAAUUAUCACACCAUGAAAGCCAAUGUGGAUAACCUUAAACUUAUCCAGUUGGGCCUCACUUUCUCAGAUGAGGAAGGAAACCUGCCAGACUGUGGCACAGGUCACCACUGUGUUUGGCAAUUCAAUCUCAGGGAAUUUAACCCAAAUCAAGACAUCCAUGCCCCUGAUUCAGUCGAGCUUUUGAGACGUAGUGGUAUUGAUUUCAGGAAAAAUAACAAACUGGGAAUACAUUCAAAUCGUUUUGCUCAGCUUCUGAUUUCAUCAGGCAUAGUUUUGAAUGAGAAUAUCAGAUGGGUUGUGUUUCAUGGUGCUUAUGAUUUUGGGUACCUGAUAAAACUUCUCAUUUGCAACAAGCUACCCAAUGCCCAAGAGGGAUUUUUCAGUCUGAUGAAAUUGUAUUUCCCAAGUGUGUAUGAUGUGAAGCAUAUGAUCAUAUUUUGUGAUGGACUGUAUGGAGGUCUUAACAGAGUUGCUGAGCUGCUUAAAGUGGAAAGAAUUGGAAUAUGCCACCAGUCAGGGCCUGAUAGCCUCCUUGCUUGCUCUGUUUUCAUGAAAUUGAAAGAGGGGUUUCCCAAGACAUCCAUGGACAAGUAUACAAAUAUCCUCUAUGGAUUGGGUCUGGACAGCUGCAACUACUGAUAUUGCAUAUGGAAUUUGUGUCUAGAGUGCAUGAUGAUUACAAAUAUGGAUAUCAAAGUCAGGUUAUGUCUACAUUAGUUUAACAUCAUUCUUUGUAGGUUUCUGAGUUGAGUGGAAAGGAUAAAUUGUUCAAUUGUAGUUUACGCCGAAGCCGUAUCUUUUACUGGAAAGGGGCGAGCUAAUUUUGCACAUCGGAUUUUUACUACUUUAUUUUAUGGUUCACGGUUCACUGUGUAUUCCUUUUUUUUUGGGUUCGCCUAUAUUUCCCCAUGUGGACUAGAAACUGGUGAAUGAAACAUUUCGUUUCAAAUUUGUCUCGCUUUAUUUUUUGACUUGUGCACUAAUACUAAUAGGAAUUUAUGCAUUAAAAAU